ACACUUUCCAGACUUCAGUAAAAUGUUCCAAACAUUUAGCAAAAGAGUAUUUGGUAGUAUUAAUUUGUUUCGAAUCAUGUAAAACCUGCUCCCAACCAUCGUGGUGGAGAUGGACCCCGGCAGCUUCCUGACGUUCGACCUUGGCUACUACCAUACUGUGCUCAAGCACAGGGCCCAGUUCCGGUCCGACGCUGCGCUGGUCACCAAUGCCGUGGCACGGGCCGACAUCGCCGGCGUCAUGUCAAGCCCGUCAGAGGUGUUCUUCGAGGUGUUCUCGCGGUCCAUGGCGAGGCUCGGGGCCGUGCAGGUCAAGACCGGCUCUCAGGGGGAGAUGGAGAUCAGGAAGCACUGCGCCGUCGUCAACAGCUAGAUCGAACAUAGAUGGGCAUCGAGGGGUGACUUUCCCUGGAAACUGUUGGUGGAUGCUGUCAUUUUGC